UCCCGGAAACAGUUCUUCACGUAAUGGAAUCCUGGAGUGAUCACAAUGCCCAUCACGCCUGAGAAUGCGGUGCUAUUUCUUCCCAUCCUUUAUCGGUGGCUACAGAACCAUCUGAAGGAGGAAGUCGAAGAGCCAGAGCAGAGGCUGUGCCGUUCUGCCAUCAAGAAGCUGAGGGAGUAUAUCCUCUUGAACUUCUCGGUGGAGGAAGGCAGACUUCAAUAUGGUGCGCAUCCCGUGGACAUGGAGAUCUGUACUGUUUACCUUACCAAGGAUCCAGGAAACGCAGAGUCUCUUGGUCUGAGUUUUGGGAAUAUACCUGCUCUUGGGGACUAUGGAGAAAAGCGGAGAGUGGGAAAAAAAAGGAAGGGGCAUAAAGGGCCAGUACUUGACGUUGGAAGCAUCUGGGUCACUGACUUAAAGAAAAACAGCCCUGCAGGGAAAUGUGGGAAGGUUCGCUUGAGAGAUGAGAUCCUUUCACUGAACGGGCAGUUGAUGGUCGGAGUGGAUAUCAGUGGUGCAAGCUACCUUGCUGAUCAGUGCUGGAAUGGCGGCUUCAUCUACCUGAUCAUGUUGCGUCGCAUCAAGCGCAAGGCCCCCCUUCCUCCGUCGAACGGCAACAACAGCAACAGCAGUGAAACCAAAGCCAGGCCCACCUCCGAGCCCAGCGGGAAAGCCUCCCAAAAUGGCAAAAGGACCAGAAAGUUUGGGGUCAUCACCAGAACACCCUCUGGUGGCAAGGAGGCAAAGGGUGGCAAAGGCAGCCCCCGGACUGAGCGCGAGAAUGGACACUGCACCCUUAUGGAAGUGGACGGGGUGCGGCCAGAGGCGUCCAAAAUGGAAAGCAAGGCGGAGAAUCCGCUUCCGAGAGUAGACUCUCCUUUCCCAGCAGGACAGUACAGGUCUCGACUUUCGGACGGAGGGAUUCUGGACCUGAACGCAAGCGAAUUGUCAAUGCAGCGAGAAGGCUGCCGGAUAUGGAAGAUGACCAUGAUGAAGGGUUCGGACGGGCUGGGAAUCCAGAUCACCGGCGGUCGAGGGUCAAGGCGCUCUCCGCACGCCAUCAUCAUUGCACGGGUGGAAGAAGGAGGCUCUGCGUACAGGGAUGGUAGACUAAAAGUUGGCGAUGAGCUCCUAAUGAUCAACGGUCAGUCUUUGGUUGGUCUCUCCCAUGAAGAAGCCGUCAUUCUUCUUCGGUCAGCCGAAGGCCUCAUAUACCUGGUGGUUGCAAGCAGGGAUGGGGCAGAAGAGGAUUUUCUGAAUUACCCAUCUACAAGUUUGCCGGACUUAAUUAGCACCUGCUCUGUUCAAGAUACGUCUCCCUGGACUGAGAAUAAAGAGAAUGAAGAGCCAGAGGAGGAGGACAUCAAAGGAACGAACCUUGUUCCAGAAGUCCAGGAACCUAUGACGGAUACUGAUAAGACUCCAGAUACGGCUGGUGCUGAGGAGUCCAAAGAAAACUGCCAAAGUCCAACUCUUGGAGGUGGUAUUUUGAAGCACAGAAGCCGAUCGCAAGGGGCGGCAACUCGUUUAGAAUCCGUGGGAGAAGAUGACGAGUUGACAGUGGAAAAUGGAGAUGUGAAUUAUGAAAUAGCCAUGAAAUAUUCCCGAGGAGGGAGAAAACAUUCUCUGCCACAGCAUCUGGACACGGGAACCAGACAGGAGUACCAGAUUGUUAAGAAAUCCACCCGAUCACUGAGUGCAGCUCAAGUAGAAUAUCCCUGGCGCCUGACUCAGCCGUCCAUUAUUUCCAACAUUGUCCUGAUGAAGGGACAAGGCAAGGGUCUUGGAUUCAGCAUUGUGGGAGGUCAAGACUCUGCUCGAGGACGCAUGGGCAUUUUUGUGAAGACGAUUUUCCCAACUGGAGCUGCUGCCGCCGAUGGAAGACUGAAAGAAGGGGACGAACUCCUGGAAGUGAAUGGAGAAUCUUUACAAGGACUGACACAUCAGGAGGCCAUUCAGACAUUCAAGCAACUCAAGAAAGGUGUGGUGACCCUCACAGUCCGGACUAGACUUCGCAGCCCCAGCCUCACCCCGUGUCCCACUCCUACAUUGCUGAGCCGUUGCAGUUCCCCUAGUUCUAAUGGAGGAGCUCCUUUACCCAGCUCUGAAGAUGUCGAAGUUUCCUCCUCAAGUCGCAAGGGGCCAGGACCAAAGGACAGGAUUGUCAUGGAAGUGACCCUCAGUAAAGAACCAGGUGUCGGGCUGGGCAUCGGUGCUUGCUGUCUCACACUGGAGAAUAGCCUGCCGGGUAUAUACAUUCACAGCUUGGCCCCGGGAUCUGUGGCUAAGAUGGACGGGAGGCUGAGCCGUGGCGACCAAAUCCUGGAAGCUGAUUCGGUCAGCCUGCGCCAUGCAGCUCUGAGCGAAGCCUACGCCAUUUUGAGCGAAUGUGGUCCGGGCCCAGUCAGCCUUAUCAUUAGCCGCCAUCCCAACCCAAAGGUUUCCGAACAGGAGAUGGAUGAAGCCAUCGCACGCACCACUCAGCGAGAAAGCAAGGAUGUCCCAUCCCCUCAAGUCACAGGGAAUCUGCCCAAGAGUCCAUCCCCGAGCGUGAAGUCUAAACAGAGCGAAGCCUCCUCACCUCUGAGCUGGACGAUGAAGCGUUUCUUGGAGCCAGUGAGUCGGCAGGGAUCCGUCAAUUCUGAAACGGAGCUCGCCCAGUACUUUCUGCAGGAUGGCGUGAGCCAGUUGUCGCUUUCAGAGACAACGAUAACGGGCUCCAGCGACGAAGAGCCGCUUCGUCCCAAGAGCGGGAGCAGCUCCCUGGACGAGAGUUUCCCUUCUCCUGGCGUUCCAACUACUAAAGAAUUGGGCCUGUUUGAUUCGCCCAGUAGCGGAAGCUCACCUGGUCCUACGAACAAGCUCAGGGAAGCAGUUCGCCACGUGAGUUUCAGCGACAGCCCUAAAGGUGGCCGAACGGCGUUCCAGAGGCAGAGGAGGAUUGCUUUCUAUGAUGGUGAUGCCAGCGAUGAAGAUGACUUUGCCAAGCAAGAUGGCGUUCAGUUCCAGAGAGGAUCAAAGCCCAAAGGCCAGAAGAAGACAGAGGGCAACUGUGAGGUCGUCUCUUCCGUUGGCCCAAUAGAAGGUGUUGAUGCAAACCAGGAGAAAGAAUUUGCAGCAGAUAUCCACAGUGCGCCAACGGUGAGCAUCUUCAGGGAUUCAGCAGAGAGUGCCAAGGAGUCCACUUUCCUUCCCGUCAAACUUCUGGAUUCCUCCCAUGCGCCAGAGCAUCACCUGAGCUUGAAGGACUUCCGAGAGGCACAGCUGGAAUCUAAGAGGUCCCCUAAACUGGAGCACAAAGCAGUCACUAGAGUUAAAAGCCUGAUGAGCAUUGAAUACCACGGGGUCCCGAGGCCUGUUGGGAGGGCGCUUCCAAAUAUCCGGAAGAGCGACGCACAAGAGAGUCCUCUUGGGCAGAGCCAUACAGAAGUGGUUACCCUGACUCGGAAUGAAAAUGAAUCCUUUGGCCUGGACCUUGAAAUCCAUGCCACUCCCUUGCGUGUUGUGAUAACUGGGUUGCGCCCUGGCGGAGCAGCUGAAAGGGCAUCUAUGGGACGGGUGACUGCCGGAGAUAUAAUCUUUUCAAUCAAUGGUCUCCUAACCCAUGAAUUCUCCUAUGAGGACAUCUGUCAGUAUGUACGGUGUCUCCCCACAACCAUCAUGCUAGAGGUGCAGAAGCCUAUUUCUGCUUUGGACAGGCUCACAAAUCUCAUUGCGUCUUCCGAAGCAGAGGAGACAGCUAAUCCGGAUCCAACCAGCGUUCUCAUGAUUGAGGAAGAAACCAGCUUUGCCGAUCACAAAGAACCUUUGCACAGGGACGAUCCAGAUGAUGUGUCUGGAAGGAUAGCGCCGCCAUCCGAUGCAAAGACCAAGGAGCAACCAACAGAUGCCUUCGAAACCUGCUGUGCCCCGGAUAGCGCUGUCGUUUCAGUUGCUGAUACUGAUGACUUCCUUGGCAAAUGCAAUUUGUUGGAAGAAAAAGAUUCUAAGUGUUCAUUAAUCAGGACCAGAUGCACCAAGGAAGACACUUCGAUGCUGGUAGAAGAUCAUUGUGCUAAUUCUCGGUCAGAUCUCAUUAAGAACGACAUGCUGGAAAGGCCACUGAAUUACACAACGAACACGAAAGAAAUCUUGGAGUUUUCUGCCCUAGAUUCCAUUAGCCCCAGCAAGAUUUUCACUGUGAGUCAAACCCGCUUGAGUAACUAUUCCAGGAAUUUUAGCAGUUUAAAUGAAGAGGCUUUGGCUGGAAUGGAAAGUGAGAACAGUGCUGUUUCAAAAUCUAUGUACGCUGCUGCAGAGGAUUCCAGCUCAGACACGGAAUCUGUUGUCGAAGCGCCUGGCCUUUCAGGUGGUUCAUCACUCUUACGGUCUGCUCAUGACGAUGUCUUGGAGACGCAUAAUCCUGCUGAGUCAGAUGAGGAGCAAAUUGAAAUUUGCUGUUUGAAUAACGAGCAACAGCAUUUUAUUCAGCAGCUUCCAUCUGCUACAAAAAUAUUUCAUCGCCCUCCUGAAUGCAGUCUUUCAGACCAGGAUUUGCCAGGAGAAAGCGCGACAGAAAUUGGUGCCCUGGGAAUAUCCAAUGGGAAAUCCUCCUUGGAAGAACCACACUCCCCAGGGCCCAAUACACAGCAUGCCGUGCCAUCCCCUGUCUUUAAUUUGCCUUCUCAGGUGUCUCCACCAAGUAUAGAUAGGACAGAUCAUGCACUGGAUGGCCAUGGAAUUGACUCUUUCCAUGACAAUGUUGCCUUAAGGAAACAAGGGAGGAUAAGCCAAGAGAGGCUUAUGGAAACACACAGGACUUCUAACCAUGAUACUCAAGAAACACAUUUGUGCAUGACGAAAACUGUAAAUGGGUGGGACAGUAGGUUUGUCAACAAAGAUGAACCUAAUAAAACUCCAAAAUCAAAUACAGAAAAUGAUUUCGGAAUAGAUUAUGGCAGGCAGAUAGCUCGCUCUCAUUCUGCUUUGGCAAAGAGAGGAACUGGUGACUCAACCCUCUUGAGUAAACCAGACAGCAAUCUUCUAGAUUGUGCAUCACAGAGAAUAGGGUAUGGCCCCAAAUCACCCCUCCUGACAAAAUCUAAAGAUCCAAGUAAGGCCGCUGCUCCUCAUGACUUACCAGGGAAAAACGAAAAAGCCAAUGCAGUUCCUGCGUCAAAAUGUUCAAAUGCAAAAAUUCAAAGUUCUUCUUCCAAUCAGUGCAAAGUCCUUUCAGUCCAGUGCAGUCCGUCGUCUUCAAAAAAACUGCAUAAUGAAACUCGAGGGAUUCCCCAGAAGAGUAUUGCGGAAACUCUUUCAAACAACCUGCGAAACAAACCAGGGCCAAAGUUAAAAGGUCUCACUAUUAAAAGUAAAGCCAAGGCAAACUCAGAUGCCCUUGCAGCUCUUCCUGCCAAAGGGGGUGGAACUGAUCAGAAAAAAACUUCCCUCCCCGCCCAACUGUCGCCCAGGCUUCUCACAAAGAAGGUCGCAGCCCUCCGAAAUUUAGCUGCACAUCUGGAACCACAUGUCAGAAAUCUUGCCUCAGGCUCCAGGGCUCUUCAGCAGGAAGAAGCAGUGGCAAAUAAAUCCUCUUCAGCAGCGCCUCAGGAAUCACCCUCGGCUGUGCCAAAUGGUGAGAACGCCAGUGUGAAUAACAACGAAGAUAAAUCCGUUAACCGUUCGGCAGUAAGCAAUGCAGAGGAACAAAAAGAGUUGCCAGUUCCAGUUCAGGGGGUCACAAAUAGGGAAAAGAUAGAGAAGGUUGAUACUGAUGACUACCGAACCGGAGAAGGCCCAUCCCAGAUGAGUGCACCUUCCAAAGUGACGCCCAAGAGUGAUUGUAUGGGUGACCAAACUGAAAACCAUGGUAUGGGUGCCAGUUUGCCAAAUCCUGUUGGAUGUGAAAUGAGCCUAUUAGGGACGUACAAUGUUGGGUCUUCUAAAAAAGAGUCCUCCAGUCCUCUUCGUUUGCCAGCUCAGCAAGAACAAUUGGGUCAAGAAAUUCAGCGCACUUUCAUUGAGGUGAGACUCUCUCCUUCUCUCUCUUUCACAUCAACCUCAUUGAUUCCGCAGGAGUCUCCGAGGAAAGAAGGCGGUACCGAUAAGAAGAUUGAUCAAAUAGAGCGUGGGGUGCAGAAUUCUAGGCAGAAUGCCUUUGAGGAAGAAAUCGUGCAGAAUGUGUUAAAACCUGUGACGAGGACUUACUCUAUGCCUACUCAGUUAUCAAAUCAUUUGAGAGAAGAGACCAGUGUCAUGAAUAUGCCAUCACAUCAUGUUCAGGAUAUCCUGGGCAACACUUCGGGUGAAAAGUACUCUCAUUCAGAGAUGGGCGUGUUGAAAAUUGUCCAUCUCAAUCUGACGAAUGGCCAGAGCAGUCAAGAUGGCAAGGAGACCCUAAAUACUACCCCAAAACCAAACACUCAAGAAUUACCCUUGACCAGCGACAACAGCAAUCGCAUCACGGACAAAUUAAAAACGUGCAGGAGGAAUUAUUACUAUUACGAACUGAACUGGCCGCACGAUCCUGUUUCGUCGUUCUCUGUCAAACAGAGAAUCAAAUCUUUCGAGAACCUGGCCAAUUUUGACAGGCCUAUCGUUAAAGCCAUCGACAUACACACCACCACUCUCCACUCUAAGCUUCCCAUUGGUCGGAGGCUAUCUGGUGGUGUUUCUACAGUUUCGGCUUCCAGUGUCAACGACACGGUUCAGGCGCUGAGACGAAGCUUGAGCUCGUACUGCGAAGGCGAAGGCCCUGCCUCCUCGCAGAUGACAAAAGCAUCGACCACCCCUGCGUUAACCCAUCUGCAGCAGAAUUCCACAGAGGACAACAGCAAAGAUGAUACUCCCUGGGAGGACAGUAAAAGAAGCUGUGCAUUGGGAGGCCCGACUAGUCUGCAAUCGUCUACCCCCAGCCCCCGAAGAAGCAGGGCCUCAGGCGGGCACAUCAGGCACACACCCCUGUCCCGUUCCAAGCUCCGGGAGCUCAGGGCCUUGAGCAUGCCCGAUCUCGACAAGCUCUGCAGUGAGGACUUCUCCGUGGAAUCCGAUCCUUCCCGUUUCAAAAGCGAGCUGGAAAUCGCCCCUGCGACACGGCCGCUUGGCAAUCCUGUCGAAAGUGUUUCCGGUCUGAAUGAAUGCAUGGAGCUCUCCAGCCUUGGGACGACCAACAGGCAGCCUUCCAAGGAAAGCAGUCCCUGGACCAGCGGUUCCGGCACUCCCGGGUCAGCGUCUGAUGAGGAAGUUCUGCACCACGAAGCCUCCCGGAACAAGAUGCACUUGGGGAAGAGCUGGUCCAUCAGCUUGGAUGAACUCUUGGUGUCCACUCUGGAUCAGCAGAAAUUGCAGUCUGUUUUGUCUUCAGUGACAACAAAGUGUGAUGUUUCUUCUUUACUCCAGGAAGCAAAGGCCCAAGCAGAGAGCAAAGAAGAUGUUUACUUUGUAGUCUUAAAUAAAGAGGAAGGAUCUGGACUGGGAUUUAGCGUUGCUGGAGGAGUAGACCUGGAACAGAAAUCAAUCAUCGUCCACCGAGUGUUUUCGAAGGGGGUGGCAUCCCAGGAAGGAACCAUUCAUCGUGGAGACCUCAUCCUUUCGAUCAAUGGCAUUUGUCUCGCGGGUUCUGUCCACGGGGAUGUGCUCAACGCCCUCCACCAGGCAAGGCUCCACAAAUACGCUGUCAUCGUCAUUAAGAAGGAGAAAGGCGGAGAAAAGAUGUCUUCUUCCCACCCUGAACUAGCUACUUCUGGCAGGCAGACCUUGGUGGCGGGGAAGGAUGCAGCUACGGAAAAGGGAACAGGCCCAGCCGGAGAGCUGAGCAAUACCAUUUGCAUUGAACUUUUGAAGACUUCUGCUGGCUUGGGGUUCAGUCUGGAUGGAGGAAGAGCGUCUCUUUCUGGGGACAGGCCUUUGCUUAUUAAAAGGAUAUUUAAAGGUGGCGCUGCAGAACAAGCUAGGAAACUGGACAUUGGCGAUGAAAUUCUUGCCAUUGGUGGCAAAUCCCUCCUCGGACUCAUGCAUUACGAUGCCUGGAAUAUCAUUAAAUCUGUCCCAGAGGGACCAGUACAAUUACUGAUCAGAAAGCAUCAGCCUCUAGUAUGAUGCGUGCACCAUUGACAAGU